GCCUGGCGACUGUUGCUACAGCAUUUACAAUCCUUGAAGUAACCAAUAAAAAUGCAAAAUGUUAUAUUUCUUUGAUUUCAUUGGCACAUUCAAAUAAAAAGUAUUUUCCAUCGAGAAAAUUAUGCAGUAGCUAAACUGAUUCAGUUGAUAAUUUUACAAAUUCUGCUAAUAAUAUCUCCGUUGAUUUGACCAGCGAUGAUGAGUUGCCGUCGUCAUUUCAUACUCUGCGUCCUCUUAUUGCUAUUUCAUGAAGGAUCCCUGAGGUACAUCCCAUUCCCGGCAGCACCCAUCAGCCCUGCUGCUUACACCGUGGAGCCACAGGGAGACCUCUCAACAAGCCAAGAUUCCCUCACUCCUUCCCCAUCACAUCUUCUGACCCAAACUCACCACAAUCCCACAGCAGCAGCAUCCAAAGACCAGCACAACACACCAUCCCAUCAAGAUAUUAUUGAUCCAUCUGUAUUUUCAACCAUUGGCAAUAGUGACCACUUUGACUCAAUAUCCACAACUUCUCCAAGUGGUGGUCUCAAAUUCAAUGCCAGCCGGAAUGCCAGUGAACUUAUCAAUGAUCAAUCAUCAUCAUCAUCAUCAGCCCCCGAUAUUGGCUACACUGAACAGAUAGACAACGAAACUAAAAUGGCGACCGCUAGUGGUUGGAAUAACAGCAGUGACGUUACACCUUCCUCCUCUUCUGCUAUUUCUUAUGUUGAGCUAAACAACUCUCUUGAUGGAACCAACACUAGCCAGAGCAACGCUAGUGGCCACCCUGAAGAUCUCUCUGUGACUGUGGAGGACUAUCCUCAUCCGAAUGGAUCUGUGGUGGUGCUGGAAACAAGUGAUCCGUUAGCUGAUCUGAACGUUGAUCCUAUGUCAGCCCCUGACGUCAUUGACUUCGACACUCAUCAGACAGAUUCUGUCUCUGUCACUGAUGACCUUGGCAACACAAAUGUUAGUUUACAUCAUAACAACAGUAACGUUACUGUCACAGUAGAUACUAGUGCAGUAGUUACUGAGGCGGCAGCGCUGGCUGAGCCGCCCACAGACUUGAUGCUGGGCCUGGAGGAGGAGGAGGAAGAAGCCAGUGGCCAUCUUAAUACUACCCAGGAUGCUUCACUCUCAGCCCCUCUGAUCGACGAUAUUGAUCAGGCUUAUGACUCUGUGGCAACAGGUGACUAUAAUGUUAGUGCUGAGGCUAACUACUCGUCCUCAGUUGCUAUUAGGGGCUUCAGCAAUCAAAUGGACUUCAUAAGAGAAGACGCAAAUGCUCACAAUGAAAGUCAGGAAGCUGUUACCCUUUCCUCUUCCGCCAUUGGCUACACUGAAUAUGAAGAUUCCAUUGAAGCGACCAAUGACUACCAGAGUACUGUUACCAGCGGAGUUGAAGGAACGACGUCACCUACGGUUACUAGUACCAGCGUGGAGCGGAGUGGCGAGAACGAGAACCAGGAAGUGCUUCCUAUUGCGUCUCCUAUGAUUGGCUAUCAUCCUGUUGAGUCUGUGGAUUCUGAUGAAAGCACCACAAAGUCAACUGUUGUGCUGAAAUACAUAGACUCUAUUGACUCUGAACCUAGUGACUCUAACCACUAUGUGAAUGUAGCCAGCAGUGAAAUAGCUGCCCACUCUUCAUCCUCCUCCUCCUCCUCCUCUCCUCUUGAACCUGACAGUGACCACCUCCAAUCUGCUGCUGAUGCUAAACUAGCCGUACUAGGCUCUGGGUUGGAGGAAAAGGAAGAGGAGGAGGAGAGCAGCUGUAUCUAUGGUAACACCCCCGCCAGUCACCAUCCCUCCACCACGGCUCCCCCCGUCGUCGUUAAAAACACUGACGAUGAUUGGGGCUCUGCUGGAGUCAGUACCAAUAAGACAGGUCACCAGGGUAACAGCACAGCAGACAUUGAAGUCCCAACUGAAGUUAGAAGGACUGGUCAGGGAAACGGCAGCAUCGUCUCCAUGGUACCCUCUGCUGAAAGCACGGUCAGCUCUGUCCAUGUUAACUCCACUGUCAUGGUUCUAUUUGACCACGGUGACAACAACAAUAACAUCACCACUACUCUGACCCCCACCAACUGCACCAGAGAAGGGGUUAUUAUGAGUACCACCGCCGUGCUUGAGGAACCCACAGGAGAGAGCCGCCGUGGGGCUUCAAGUUCUCCCAGCAAGGCCCUACCCUCCACCACCACCACCAGCAGUCUGGAAGCCAAACAGGAGGAAAAGGACCAGAAAGCGUCUGAUGCUCCAAAGAAGGCAGUGUCAUUGUGGAACAGGGGCCGCGCGUUGUUACCUCGGUUUCCAUGGAUACGCAGGUAUUAGAACUACGGAUCUCUGGGACCGGAACAGUUCUGAGGGGAUUAAUGAAAGAUAAGAGAUAUUCACAUUUGUAUAGUUUUUUUGAUGGUGACAUGGAUGCAGUAGUUUGGGUGUUUAAUGUUCUUCCAUGUCCAAUAUGUUGUUGUAAGUUCCUAAAAUAUACAUUUUAAAUAAAUACUCCUCAAUAGUUA